CAGCCCGUCACAUGUUGUUUUUUCCCACAACCGUACCAGUCCGAGGGCAAUCUUGCUCGCACCGUUUUUUUUUUUUCGUUUUUUUUUUUUUUUUAAAUGACUUUGAACACAGCAGCGGACACGUCUGUCAUGGAUCAAAUGAAAGUAGCGUCGUAAUAUCUUGAAUUUGGGCGAAUUCGAAUUGACAAGAGAGAUGGCGAGUCCCCCGGGGGCGGUGGAACACCUGUUAUCUCACGGCGUGAAGAAGUGCGGCUACUUGAGGAAGCAGAAACACGGACACAGGCGCUUUUUCUUGCUGAGGGAGUCCGCCGAUCACUCGCCGGCUCGACUGGAGUACUACGAGAGCGAGAAGAAAUGGCGGAACAAGGGCGCUGCCAAACGGGUGAUAAGUUUGGACUCCUGCCUGUGCGUCAACAAGCGGGCGGACGCCAAACACAAACACCUGAUCGCCCUCUACACCAAGGACGAGUACUUUGCCGUGGCUGCGGACAGCGAGCAGGAGCAGGAGAGCUGGUAUGUGGUUCUGACCGACCUCCUCGCCGAGGGGAGGGUGUCCGACAGCCCCGCUUCCACCUCCUCCCUCGUCGGCUUUGAAGAGUCCAACUAUGGGCUCGUUAACCCAGCGACAGCGGCGUACAAGGAGGUAUGGCAGGUCAAUUUAAAAUCCAAAGGUCUGGGUCAGGUGAAGAACCUCACGGGAGUUUAUAGGCUCUGUUUGUCCAGCCGAACCAUCAGUUUUGUGAAGCUGAACUCCGAGACAGCCGCGGUAUGUUUACAGCUCAUGAACGUCAGGAGAUGUGGCCACUCUGACAGCUUCUUCUUCAUCGAAGUAGGGCGAUCAGCAGUAACUGGGGCUGGGGAAUUCUGGAUGCAGGCAGAGGAUUCGGUGGUGGCCCAGAACAUCCACGAGACCAUCCUGGAAGCCAUGAAGGAGCUCUCCGAGUUCAGGCCCAGGAGCAAAAGCCAGUCGGCCAGCACCAACCCCAUCUCGGUGCCCACGCGACGCAACCUCAAUAACUUGCCCCCGAGUCAGACGGGCCUGGUGAGGAGAUCCAGAACAGCCAGCGCGGCCGCCGCAUCUCCGGGGAUGAAGUUCGCGUCCAGCCGGGUCAGAACCUCCAGUGAGGGUGACGGAAGUGUGCCGCGGCCAGUAUCCAUGUCGAUGCCUGUGAACGGAAGAUCCGCUAGUCCAAACGCUGGUACUCAACUCAGCAGGUCCCACACUCUGAGCAACGGGCGCACCUGUAGGAUGCUCGAGUCAUCCUCCGACCUCCUUCACAACCUGUCCAUGCCAGUGCCCAACUCCCCUCCCGCCGCCUCCAUCCCCAUCAGGAUGUCUCCUGGGCAUAAUCUCUCCACUCCCAACAAGGCUGGACAGCCUUUUAGUUGCAGCACCUCCUUCUCCGGCUCCCUUAGUGACACCGGCUUCAUGCUGUGUGAUGAUUACAGUUGUAGUCCAGUCGAAGCAAAGUUCCUCCCCCUGAUCCGCAGUGACACACCCGACUCCCUGUCGAGCACCCCUUCGUCCCGUGACAUGAGUGACCCUUGUGGCUACAUGCUAAUGGUGGGUGCGAAUGCCAUUAAGUCGAGGGCGGGUGGCGAAGGGGCGGCGUUGGAUAAAGCUUACAGGAAGCGAACACACUCCCUCACCACGCCACAUCAGCAGAAAGCGGUGGCGCCGCUGUCUUCUGCAUCCCUGGAUGAGAACACACUCAUCCAGGCCCGUGAUGGCGACAACUCUCAUUCUGCCUCACCUAAAAUCUGCUAUCCAGAAGAUUACGGAGACAUAGAGAUUGGCUCAACCAGAAGUUCUAGUAGUAACCUUGGUGACGAUGGGUACAUUCCCAUGACUCCAGGUGCGGCGCAGCAAUCUGGAAAGGUAGACAACUACGUGCUCAUGAGCCCCAUGUGUGUGUCUGCACCAAAGCAGAUUGUGAACCCCAGAGUGCACCCUCACGGGGCUACCAGCAGGGGCUACAAGACCAGCUCCCCCUCCAGCAUCUCACUGGAGGAAAACGGCUACAUGAGAAUGUGGCGCGGCUCCAAGUCCUCCGUGGAGAGCCCAGACAGGAACGAAGAAUACAUGAACAUGUCACCCGGAAACCCACCUGCACUCCAGCCCUCCCCUGACUACUAUAUGGGUUUAAUGGCUGGAGAGCUGACAUCCAUCAGGUCGGCUUACCAGCCCAACUCCCUCUCCCUCCCCGCUAAAGUCCAAGCCUCCAACAACGAUGAGUGCAACCAGUAUGUGUUGAUGAGCCCUCAAAGUUCGAGGCAGAGGGCAGCGGGUAUGGACUACUAUUCCAUGAUGCCACCUGUUGCAGCUCAAGACUCGCCGUUGAGUCCUUCAACAGCUUCUCCAGACAGACACAGCCUAGGUCAGAACCUGACCCACAGAGGGAGGCUCAGCAGACCAAACAGGCUGUCCCUCGACACUCUCAGGACCCUGCCUAGCAUGCACGAGUACCCCCUAACCGGAGAGCCCCGCAGUCCCGGAGAAUACAUUAACAUCGACUUCAGUGGCACUCGAAUCUCUCCGCCUUCAACGGAGUCCACAGAGAGCCAGUCGUCAUCUUUGAGUUCCAGUGACGAGAGUUCCAAAAGGCCCUGUCUGACUUCCUACAUCAAACUUGAGAUGGCCUUGCAACAGCCAAAGGAAGCUGACACUCUUGCUGCACUCCGAGACCUAUCCUUGUGUCCCAGCUCACAGGAGGAUGGAGUGUACCAUUUGGAUAGACAGAAAGAGCCAGGAGAAGGAAAUGGGGGGAGGAAUGACUAUACUGAGAUGACGUUCGGGAUGACCAGCUCACCCCCACAGCUUGUUCCUCAAAACACAACAAGUAGCCAGAGCAACAGAGGGAAAAAGCAUUCGCUGGAGGAGCCAGCUGUCCCAGAAGGAAUUGGAGUCUUCCUCCUUGGGGCUGCCUCUUCGUCUGUACUCGACCCCGACUCCUCUGCCAAGGUGAUUCGCGCCAAUCCGCAAGGACGGAGACGCCACAGCUCUGAGACUUUCUCCUCCACGACCACUGUGACACCGGUCUUCCCUUCGUUUGCGCGCGGUGAGACCGGGAAGAGGCACAGCUCCGUGGAGAACAUCUCAUCGCGGAGCAGCGAGGGCUCCGAUGACGAGUACGGCAGCCCCGUGAAUCGGCGGAACUCUGCUGCUUACCCAAACAGACUGAACUAUAUUGCCUUGAACCUCCUGGACAACAAAUGUGAUGAACUGGUUGUCUUCAACCCGACUAACAGCUGCAAACAGGGUAUCAAUGGAUUACACAGCACGCCAUAUGUCUCCUUGGGCUUCAAGGAGUCUGCAACUACUGCCAAAGAUUGAAGCAGUCAUCUGUCCUUGUGUUCAACAUGACCCCUUUUACCUCUACGACCCCAUGAGAUGGCAUGCAACCUCGACGCCCCACACACACACACACACACACACACACACACACACACACCUGUCUACAGUAGGCCACCAUUUAUGCAUGUUGGCGAAUUAGCUAAGGGUAAGAGUGUGUGCGUGCGUAAUGGAGCACCAAUUCAGUCAGUGCACACUGUUACCAUGAAACCUGGCCACCAGGACUGUAUGAAGUACACUGAGUAUAGAACUAUAUUUGGUGAGUUUAUUUAUUUUAAGAGGACGAAUGUCUAGUGGGUCCCACCCAAUGCCUUAAAUGUCUAUAUUCUCCAUGUUUUCAAUGAAAUAAGAGAUAAAUAUUCUAUUACUGUAUGUCUGUUUGGACUUCUAUAUUGUUAUUUGCUUGGGAAAAUAGUAUUAUUUCAGAAAAGUACAUUCAAAGUAUUUUCUUAAUUUGCUAUUUAUUCUCACAAGAUUAUUUUUUGUAACCAAUUUUAAGAAGAUAUAUUUCUAAAUAUAUACAAAAUUUAUCUGAGCUACAUGACACCAGCCUGCAGCCUGAUGCUUGCUCCAUGCAUGCAGGCCCCGUCUUGCUAUGAUGCCAUUGAACGGUACAAAGGUGUAUUGAAGAGAGGAGCUAUACUAUGAAGGCUGAAACAUCUGGCACCACCAUGGAAACUCUCAGGGGGUCUGCUGUCUGUAAAGCACCGGUUCUCAAACUGUGGGUCAGGGAGCUGUAGCUUAGGGGUCCGCUGCAAAAUUAUUUUUAAGUUAAUUAUGUUGUAUCAUUUAAAAAAGGGCAUACCUACCUAUGGGGUCCGGCCAAAACAGCAUAAUAAACCAAUUACUUCUCCCUACCUUAGCUUUAGGGCAAUUAAAAACACUGAUAUGACUCUGUGACGAUACAUCACGUAAAUCUUACAUCCCUGUCUGAAUGUUUAUUUUUUUAUUUAUUUUUUAUAGACCAAUAGGCAUAUUAUUACAGGAAUAAAGUAUAUUUCCGCCUCAGAAAAAAAGGUGUAUUUUUUGGAUAAUAUGGGUCAAUAAAAAAUAAAUGCAUCUUUUCCAGAAUUAAUGGCGUAAUCUUGCAAGCAUAACAUUGUACAGGGGUGCCUUAAGACAAGAGUUGAAUUCAUUCCGUGACCACUCUUGUAACUCAAGUCACUUGUAUCUGAAAUCAUCUCUGCCCAUUGUAUGAAAGGAAAUGGCAUUAAUCUGUUCCAGACUCAUCUAAAAAUCUUUGUAAUGUGUUUUAAAUAAAUAGCACUCUAUAAAAACAUACGUAGUAGCAUAAUUAAAUAGAACGUAAAGAAUUAAACUGUUUUGUGGCUCCUUCUAGUCUGUAUGACUUGGCCACCAGGGCAAGUAUAAUAUAGACAGACACAUAAAGAAGAGUUUCACAACAAACUACGUAUACUGCUGUAACAUUAGUUGUUUUUCGCAGAGGAUAAAAAAUAUACAAUAUGCCUCUGAGUAUUAUGUUGUUUGUCUUGAUGUGUUGAUGCACUUUUUGUGUUCAGAUAUCCACGUUAAAGGAUUAUAACGCGACCACAUACGUAGAUGCUAUUCGUUAGCCGCUCUAUGACGUUUUGCAUUGUUUUAGCAUUAAGCUAAGCAGACUUUCUUAAGGCAAAGCUAUGUGGUAGCUUGAAAUACACAUGUAAUUCUAUUUGUUUUAGGUUAAGUUUUACAGCAAAUUUCAACUGGCAGUGGCAUUAAAUAGCUUGAAGCGUCUUUUAAAAAAAUAAUUGUUCAGUAUCUGCCAAACCGCUUUUUUACUUUAUCUUGAAAAAAAUGUCUUGUUUUCAUCAUGACAAAACUUAUUUUUCUCUCUAAGAGAAAUAGGAUCUUUUUUUUAUUAUAACGUCUCAAAAAUAGGUACCUUUUUAAUUCCUAUGGUAUUUAGGGGUAUAAGUAGUAGUAAUCAGCCUUAGCAUUAUGAGCGAGCUGUCAGAAAAAUGUCUCCCCUGUAAGGUAUUCCGGGACCCAAAAUGUUUGAGAACCACUGGUCUGAAGAACUGAAAAUAUAGAUGAGAUUAAAGCGUAAAUAUCUAAUAGUUGUCACUCAAAGAGCUUUUAAGAUGGAUUCUACACUGGCUUAUAAUAAGAACGGCAUCGCUGAGCGCCACCAUACUUCACGGUCUAUGCACACCAUUUGUCUUUGCAUUAGCAUCAAAGCUAACAUUACUAAUCACGCUACAUCUCAUUUAUUUGCACUGAUUUUAUUCACACUGCAUACUAAAAUGAUAAUACAUCUUAGAUCUCUUAGCUGUCAUUAGAUGCUUAAUCAUCUGACUCAAUUAUCAAAGUGAAUGACACUUUUAAGCCCUCUAUUCAUGUGAUUGCAGUAUUCAGUUUUCCCUCUAGUCUUAAAGCGGUCAAUAUUAGAUGUCCUUCCUCCAUGGUGUCAUACACGUGUGCCGAAUCCACCUCCACGCUUUCAGGGUACUAUACAAAGAACUUGAAAACCUUAGAAUCAGGUCCCAAAAUAUCAGAGCUGGCUAUAGGUUUAACAGUUUUAUGACAUUAGAGCUGUAUACCAUGAUGGUACUGGUAUUAGUAUUUAUUAACUACCUGGAUGUGAAUAUGGUGUAAAUAGACAGAGUUUAACUGAAAACAAUUCUACUGAGUACAGAGAAUUAAUAAAUAUAAAUUUUACCUGUGUUGCAUAUAUACACUAUUGCUGUAAAAAAAAUUUCGCAAACAUAAUUAUUAUUAUUAUUGUGUUCAGUUUUUACAGUGUAUUGUAUGCUUUCUCCUUCAGUCUAAAAGCAAAAUAUUUUAAUAUAAAAAUCAAUUGCCUUGUUGACAGACUUUGACCUAAUAGUAUAAUAUGCAAUAGUGACAUGAAUAUGAUGUAGUUUUUAACAGUGGAACCAAAUGUAACAAACUCGUCUAUGAUUCUAUUUGGUUUGGUUUGCUGUUGUGGUUCCAAAAAUAUAUAUUCUUCUCACCAAUUGUUUUGUCUUCUGUCAGUCUUCCAUUGUACAUACAACACUAUGCUCUAUUGUGACACAAGAAAUUAUAACAAUUUAUGGAUUCUGGUGGUCAAUGAUUGCUUUGAUCUCUAUAGAUUGUGCAUAGUGACCUAAAUAAAUACAUUUAAACCAGUA